AAUUCUUGGUCUCCAACUCUCCACCCUGGCAGUCUGAGAUGCCGCUCCAGCUCUCAGCCGACCGCCGUCCUCUUGGUGGUUUGUGUAACCAGACCCAUCUCGCUGUGGGGAGGCCCAGCAUGACGGCUAAAAGGCCCAGUGCCACCAACGCCUGCCUUCCAUGCCGGAAGGUGAAGAUGAAAUGUGUCUCGUCAGGGGCCGCCGGCGAUAAAUGCAGCCGCUGCGCCCGCAAGUCGCUGCCCUGCGUCUUCCAGCAGCACUGUCGCGGCAGGAAGCCGGGGACCCGGCUGUCCAAGAAAGAGGCGCCGGGGCCCGAUCCGUCCCCCUCAGGUCAGGCAAGGGACUCGGAUUUCUGGGCCGAGUCGGAGGGAUUCCAGCCGCACAGCCUGUUAAGCCACCAGGCCAUGCAGGGCAGAUUCUCGCUCCAGAACAUCCUCAGCGUCAACCAUGGCCCUGGCCCAGCGGAGCGUGGGCCGUCAGACUCGGGUGCGAUCUCCCCGGAGGAUCCGAUCGUGCUCGAUCUGGUGAAUGCCCACGUUGCAUCUUGCCUGCUGGAGUAUUUCAUGCAGAAGAUCAACCCCUACAUCAGCCAGCUGGACCCGGCCCUGCAUUCCUUUUCUUACCUCCGCAGAUCCCCCUUCCUGUUGACUGCUGUGCUUGCUGCUGCUGCAAGGGCCUUUGAGUCGUCCCUGUAUCCUGGCCUGCAUGCUCAUGCUGAGCACCUCUUCGUCGAGAGCUUCCGACGCGGUGACAAGUCUACUGAAGUCAUCCAGGGCAUUUGCCUCCUCACGUACUGGAAGGAGCCCAACGACACCAGAGCAUGGACCUCUGUCGGCCUCGCGAUCCGCAUUGCCAUGGACCUGGGCUGGCAUAAGCUCUCGCCGCAAGCCAGUCGCAAGCCCGGCCUGACCGAGCUCGAGCGGCGAGAAAUCCGAAAUGUCGAGCGGACGUUCCUGGUGCUCUUCGUAUACGACCGCAGCCUGGGCCUGCAGACAGGAAAGCCCUGGAUGAUCGAGCGAAACGACCUGACGGAGUGUGUCGACAACUGGUGGCAGGACCCCAUUUCGAUCCUCAACGACCGACUACUCUGCAGUUUCGUUACCCUCCGCCUGCUCACGGCAGACACAUUCGACCUGCUCAUCCCGUCAUCAACGAACUCCAUGUCUCGCCUCGAGCGCACCGUCGCUGUCUUGGACCGCCGCGUCCACGCCUGGCAGAGCAACUGGGUCGGGAUCGUAUGCGCAGGUCGAGCACUAGACGACCUGGACCCAGUGCCGCGCUGCCAUGCCUUCAUGAUCAGGUUCUACGGAUUCCAUCUCCGCCUGCAGCUCUUCUCUACGCCGCUGCAGGAAACCGGGAUCCAGAACGUAGACCGGAUCUACGACCUGAAGCCGUUCUGGCUGAGCUAUCAGAGCGCCCUCGCGAUGCUCGACCUCGUAGCGGAGUCGUCGGCUCUGCUGUAUCUAGCCCAGGACUCGAUCCACGUUAUGACUGCAUACGCCGCCAUCUUCCUAAUCAAGCUCCUUCUUUCUUCUCCCCACGCCGUCAGACAAGAGAUCGAGCCCACUGCCACGAAAGCCAUCCGCGACGCGGCCAAUGCGUUCGCUGCGCUGUCAGCACCGCCCAACUCCAGCUGUACCUACCAGGCGCGGUUCCUGGAUAAAGCGCUACAAGAAUUCGCACGCAUCAGUCAAGGGCGGUUAAAGAAUGUCAGCUCCAAAAUAGAAUCGCCGUCGUCUGUUCAAGCAGGUAACCCUAAUCCACCCCGUCGCGAGCAGUACCCGAGUAUCAUAAAUUCCGAAAUGCCUUCGAGACCAUUGCAGGAGGCUGGAGAUUCAGGGUUAGGGGUGCCGCAUGUCCACCAGCCUGCGGUCCCUGCGGUAUAUCCGCAAUAUCAUGGACACGUUCCGCAGAGUCGAGACGGGCUGGAUCAGUCGCUGGGCGGGGGGUUUGAGAUGCAGAACCAGGUGAGCGAGAAUUGGGACUUUCUUCUGGGCGACGAGAGUAGAUGGGAUGAUAUGUUUGCCAGCGCGGGAUUUAGUAUUCAGGAAGGGGUGUUUUGGUGUUAGGAUAUUUUUAUAUUUAUAUUGUGUAUAGAUUGGGCUGCAUAAAUUGAUUCACCCAAUACGAGAAACGACAGUUUAAUACUCAACAGUAAUUGCUACUCGUAUUAAACCCCUCACACGUGAU